AGGGGGCACGCUUUGUAUUGACUACCAAAUCAGCAUUGUCCUGCACCGUGUAUAUAAAGACUGCGAGGAAGUUGUGCAUCUGUUGCAUUUCUCUCGCACACUCCAGCUCAACCCAUCCUUGCACCCAUCUGUCCAACGGUACAGGGCACACCUUGCAGGACACACAGCAUACAUAGAACCUACAGGCUUGCUUUUGAGGAUGUCUCCUAAGAGUGACUGCCCCCAGAUUCAGAGGACAGAGCUUUAUUACGAGACUCCAGACAACGAAAUGUCUCCUUCCUCACCCCCCUGCUGCUCCCCCGGCUCCCCGUUAAGCCCAGCGCAAAGCGAAGACUGCACCUUGGCGGAUAGAUGCUCCCACCCCAGGGAGACUGACAGAAAGAGGAUGAGGGUAAAGCGAAUGCGAUCUAGGGUAAAGAGAGACGGCACCGUUGUAAAACAGAGGAAAAAUCGCAGACUGAAAGCCAAUGACAGAGAGAGAAAUCGCAUGCACAACCUGAACUCCGCUCUGGACUCGCUGAGGAGCGUCCUACCCACCUUCCCAGAUGAUGCCAAGCUCACCAAGAUAGAGACCCUAAGGUUUGCACACAAUUAUAUCUGGGCUCUGUCUGAAACUCUGCGAAUGGCUGAUCAGAGCCUCCUCAGCUCCGGCCAGCAGCACUUGUUGGACUCCUUAAAGAAGUUCCCCAGAAGUUGUCUGAUGAUGGAGCUCUCCAGCCCCUCCAGCUGCGCUUCCUCCAGUGAAUGGGACUCUCUGUACUCCCCUCUGUCCCAGGCCAGUAGUUUCAGCCCUACAGGAUCCAUGGACGAGCUGAUGCCCCAGUCCCACCCUUGCCUGAGACACAGCACUUCCCUAGCAGUAGAGUUCGUGUAAAGCUGACAUAUACUGUAGCCUCCUCAGCUCCUACCCAUUGGCUUGUGUGGAACUCUUAUGGCAAUUGCUGCAGCCUGGGAAGGGCACACUUACCUAACCCAUCUGCCUUCCCUGUAAAUUAUAUUCUCAGAUUUUCUCCCCUUAUUUGCCUUAACAAAAUACUCUCUACUCUGUGCACUUUGUCUACUAAUCACCCUUUACCCCAUCCACCCGACGAGCUCUUAAAUACAACGUUUAUAUCCAACUUUUAUAUUUUCUCCCAUUUUUCUCUUAAAUCUUGUAAUUUUUUAUUGAUUUUUAUGUUAUGGCUGGUAUAUGGCUACACAGGCUCUGUCACUAUUAUAUUGAGCAUGAUUUCCCAGAAUCAAUGUACUUAAAUUAUAUUAAUUUGCUGUUUCGUGUAUUUAUUGUUUUUAAGUCGUAAGAAAUAUAUAUUUUGUACAUAUAAUAAGAAUAUUUUUUUUGCACCAGCCAGGACGAUUGAACUAAAAUCUGCUGGCAAUAAAGGUUUCUUUUUAUAAAAUA